AUGACUGCGCUCGGCAACAACUCGUCAUACAUCACCCCACCACCGGCACCGCCAUCAGCCUGGCAACAGUUCCGAGACCGACCUUGUCUCUUCCUCGCCCGCAUGCCCUAUUCAUGGCGAGCAAUCAACCUCCCUCUACUACAUGAGAGCCCCGUAUCGAUAGUGUGUAUCUCAAAUACCUACAGGCAGCGACCAAAGAUACCGAUAGGCGACAUUCUGAUCCACGCCGGCGAUUUGACAUCAAACGGAUCACUCGCCGAGCUCCAGAUCACACUGAACUGGCUACAAGCCCAGCCUCACCCCAUCAAAAAUGCCGUGGCGGGUUGA